UCACUUCAGUGGUUUCCAGUUAUGCGGUCCCUUCCCAGUUUAGGAAGUGAGUCACAGUCCAGUUUUCCGCUGCAGUGCAUGGGAAGAGAGAGAGAGAGAGAGAGAGAGAGAGAGAGAGAGAGAGAGAGAGAGAGAGAGAGAGAGAGAGAGAGAGAGAGAGAGAUCAGCAUCGCAGGAGAGGAGGGGAAACAGGGAGGACACUAGCAUCUUAUUCGCGGACGAAACACGGACAACAAACCAGCAAGUGAAUCUCAAGCGAAGCUGAAAAUGCUCCAGCAGGAUCGGGACAUGAUCCCCGGGUUCAGAGGUCAAGCGCUGGUCGCACCGGUGACUCUAAGCAACAGUCAGAAGCGAUGCGAGAAAGAUGGGAACUUUAACUUCUUGGGUCAGGAUGAUGAUCCGAUCACGGGAGAUGAGAACCGCAAUCAGGUGCGUCCGAGAGCCUUGGGUCGUGAUCCGUCGUGCUACGGGUCUGGACCCCUCUCGCCGCUGUCCCGUCUCCCGUGCUGGAGUCCAUUAGAGCCUCUUCCCGAGAUCGAGAGCGGAGACGAUACGGGCAGCAGAGUUCCUCCCGAUGGAGCCGAGGAACAGAAGAUUGAUGAAGAGAUGAGGAGAGAGACGGAUGAGGAGAAGGAGCAGAGACAGGGUGAGAAACUAGAGGAUGAAGAUGAAGAGGAGGAGGAGGAGGAAUGGUGGGCUAACAGUGAUGAAGAGUUUGAGUUCAGCUACAAGUCCGAAAGCUCUUCCCGCCUCAGCGUGGAGAGCGUGGAUAUAGGGGGACCCAAUUCGAUAUGGGACCAAAUUUGCCGUGAACGUCCGGCACCAGAAAAUGGGAAUGCGACUGUGGAUGCCGGGAAGAACCAGACCAAGACGGAGCGCAGGGAAAGCAUUGAUCUUGUUGGAAACGGGUCGUUGGACUCCGACUCCGAUCCGUGUUCCGAGAUUCCGGAUCUCAUGGAGGCGGUUUGGACUCUUCAGGAGCGAGAGAGGUUUAAAGCGCAGGAGAUGGAGAAGCACCAGGUCCAGCUGAUCAUGUACCGGCGCCUGGCACUCAUCCGCUGGCUCCGAACCUUACAGAACCGGGUCCAGGAGCAGCAGAACCGGCUCCAGUCCAGCUUUGACAUCAUCCUCACACACAGAAAAGAGCUUCUGCGCAUGAGCACCACUGCCGCACAGUAACACACACAUCAUGAGACCAACUGAUGACUAUCAUCAUGUGGAGAGUUAUCUUUGCAUCUCAGUCUUUUUUUUUUAAUCAAUUUACCUCCUGGGUCUCUGAACUAUUUUGCCCUUAUGUUCCACAUUGUUAUCAUCCCUAUCACAAAUGUGGUUAAAGUCCUCCAGAACAUAUAUAUAUAUGAAUGUAUGUGUCUUAUAAAAUAAAUUAUAUUUAACAAUUAAUACACAUUGUGUUAUUUUGUGAAAUGCACAGUUGUGAGUGUGUUAAAUCACCAUCAAAUGCACAAAAUGUGGAAAAGAUUUUAUUUUAAUUAAAAUUUACAUUG